AUGUUGAGUUCCACAAACGCAUCAGCCGUGUAUCACGAGUAUCAGCAUAGCGGUCGAGACGCAAACACUGCAGCCGAAUCUUACGGACCGACAUCCGAGGCCUCCUGUGAAGAUGCAGCUUACUCCCAAUACAGACUCAAGAAUUUCUACUGCGAAUAUGGAGCAGAGAAUACAGCACAGACUCAAGGCUACGGACAGAUCAGUCCAGAAGUUCCACCUCGACACGAAGCGUCUGAAGUUCCCGAGGAGCAUGAUGGAUAUCAUCCCAAUGGUGCUUCAGAAAACGUAACGUCACAAUACGCACCCCUGCAGAACGUCCAAGGUGACGCAUACAGACAAGAUGGAUACGAAUAUAACGCAAGAAAAUCAGACUAUGCUGCAAACCACUACCAAAAAUCUUACCCAGAAUAUCAAGCCCCUGUUGAACAUCUACCAUAUUAUCCUGCCCCUCAACCUGCCCCG